AUGCCGCCGAUGAAAAAUACACCGCCUGCAAAGGCCGUCAAAACUGAACGGACUCACGAGGAGAACCAGGAAAGAGCAUAUAUCGCUGCCUCGAGAAGAAGUGAUCGAAGCCUGGAGGCUCGAGUAGAAUCUGCUCGGAGAGCAUCUGAAAUACACAAACGACGGACGGGCCGGUCACUCCGAGUAACUGAGCAAGAUGUCAUCAAUGAAGAGAUGUAUGAAGAGGAGGACGAUGAUCUGCCUUUGCAGUACAGGCGCCUUACGGAGCAUUUGCAAACCGGCUCGGCCGACUUCAAUAGACGGUUGGCCGCAUAUCUGACAAACCAGGUGGCGAUGCGAACCGCAAUGGAGCAAAUGGUCCAAGGCCCAUAUGGCCUACAUCCCGGUCGCGGUUAUCAAGGCAGCGCUGGUAUGUUUCCGUCCCCUAUGCUCCCUCAGCAGCAGGGCAUGGUUCAAUCGCCAAGCGCAUAUCAGCGUCCCGCACCAUAUCCCUCACCGCAUCACCCCAGCUUCCGCCAGGCACAUGGCAGAGCCUUCUCAAUGCAAGCGAUGCCCACAGCUCAAGGGAUGAGAUCUCCGUCCGCCUCCGUCCAACAGCUGUCAACGGAUAAUCGGAGGUUGUCGACGCCGUCCUCGGUUCAUCCUGAUCUCUCGUCAGGUCCACAAAUCCAAACAGACGGAUUGAAAGCAGAUCCGGAAUAUCAACGUCAAACCCAGUCAGCGACACUCCCUCAAGGCGGAUCGGGAUCGAAUGGACCUAUGCCUUUCUGGCGAGACAUGGGACCUUUCACAACUUCGCUGCCACCAGAGUCCCAGCAGAUGCUUGCACAAGCACCAGGCUUCGACGUCAGGGAUCCAGACUAUGCCAUGCUAAUGCACGGCUCAGAGCAGUUCAUCAACGAUCCCUACUACCCCUGGCAGAACAUGCACGGCGGCAUCAAAGGUAUGCCAGUCCACCCGUCAGCAUAUCCGGGUAUGUCAGCGACACUGGCACCGGCGGCACUAGAGAAGAAUGCCGACUAUAUCGUAAGGCAACCUGGCACCACUGUUUCGACAUCAGGCAGCGGACCCACUUCUGCCCCUGCAGCAGUCACCGAUGCCCUGCCUAGUGCCGGUCUUGACUUCAAAUUCAGUCAAGAAAGCAAGGAGCCCGCCUUCAGCGCAAUAGCUGGCGACAUGGCCAUCAGUUCAGGUCAGGUGACCCCUGCCGGCGAGGGCUUCUGGGACCACUUCGUCAUGGACGGUAGCUGGGAGGAUAGCGCGAAAGAGACCCACCGCCCUGGUGCUGACAGCAAACCUGGUGAUGACAAUAAGCCUGGCGGUGACGGUAUGCCUGGGGUUGACGCCAUGCCCGGCAGCAAUCUUCGCAGCGUCGAGAUUGGAUCCGGAGGCGAGAUGGAUCGAAAGCAUGGCGCUUGA